UGCUGCACUAGCGGACGCAACAACAGCACAGAGAGAGGAGAUUUUUUUUAUUUUUUUUUGUAACUUUGGUUAUCAUUGUACAUAUUUCGGGUGCGGGGGGCUCGCGCUAUGGCGAAACACCGCAAAGACAGAGACAGCUGGGGUGAGUGGUCACUGGGGGAUAAGAACGUGUAUGAUUGGAGCUCGGAGGAGGAAGAGUCAGACGGGCGGGCACGGCCCAUCCAGGUGCUGCUGGUGAAGGACGACCACACCUUCGAGCUGGACGAGGCGGCGCUGAGUCGCAUCUUGCUGGCCGAGGAGGUGCGCGACCGCGAGGUGGCGGCCAUCUCGGUGGCGGGGGCCUUCCGCAAGGGGAAGUCCUUCCUCAUGGACUUCAUGUUGCGGUACAUGUACAACCAAGGGUCCGACAACUGGCUGGGCCAAGCCGAGGAGCCCCUGACCGGCUUCUCUUGGAGGGGCGGCUCGGAGCGGGAGACCACCGGGAUCCAGAUCUGGAGCGAGGUCUUCCAGGUGGACCGGGCUGACGGGACCAAGGUGGCGGUUUUGCUGAUGGACACACAAGGCACCUUUGACAGCCAGUCCACGCUGCGCGACUCGGCCACCGUGUUCGCUCUGAGCACCAUGAUCAGUUCCAUGCAGGUUUACAACAUCUCCCAGAACGUCCAAGAAGAUGACCUACAACACCUGCAGCUGUUCACAGAGUACGGCCGACUCGCAAUGGAGGAGACGUUCCUCAAACCUUUUCAGUCCAUGAUAUUCCUCAUCCGAGACUGGAGCUUCCCGUAUGAGUUUCCAUAUGGACAGGAGGGAGGCAUGAAAUUCCUGGAAAAGAGGCUCAAGAUCUCAGAGAACCAGCACGAGGAGCUGCAGAACGUGCGCAAACACAUCCACUCGUGCUUCACCAACAUCUCCAGCUUCUUGAUGCCGCACCCAGGCCUGAAGGUGGCCACCAACCCGCACUUUGAUGGACGGAUCAAAGAGAUUGACGGCGAGUUCAUCAGCAACUUGAAGAUUCUGGUGCCCUGGCUCCUGAGUCCUCGCAACAUCGAUGUGAAGGAGAUCAACGGCAGUAAGAUCACCUGCAGAGGCCUGCUGGAGUACUUCAAGGCUUACAUCAAAAUUUACCAGGGAGAGGAGCUGCCUCAUCCCAAAUCCAUGCUGCAGGCCACGGCGGAGGCCAACAACCUGGCGGCGGUGGCCGCGGCCAAGGAUCUGUACAACAAGAAGAUGGAGGAGGUGUGCGGCGGCGACCGUCCCUUCCUGGCGCCCAGCGAGCUGCAGGCGCGCCACGCCGUCAUCCGCGAGGAGGCUCUGGCUCUGUUCCGCGGCGUGAAGAAGAUGGGCGGCGAGGAGUUCAGCCGCCGCUACCUGCAGCAGCUGGCGGGCGAGGUGGACCAGGUGUUCGUCCAGUACAUCAAGCACAAUGACUCCAAAAACAUUUUCCACGCCGCCCGCACGCCCGCCACCCUCUUCGUGGUCAUCUUCGUCAUGUAUGUGGCGGCGGGCGUGACGGGCUUUGUGGGCGUGGACGUGGUGGCCAGCCUGUGCAACAUGAUCCUGGGCCUGGCCCUCAUCACGCUCUGCACCUGGGCCUACAUACGAUACUCGGGGGAGUACCGAGAGCUGGGGGCCGUCAUUGACCAGGUGGCCGGGGCGCUGUGGGACCAGGGAAGCACGAAUGAGGCGCUGCACAAGCUGUACAACGUAGCAGCCAAUCACAGGCACCUGUACCAGCACGCCUUCCCUGGGCAUCAGGCCGCCGAUGACGCGGCGGCGGCGGCGGCCGAGGAACGCGACAGGAAGCGGGACUGACGGGCUACUUUUAACCCCGCUCACCACGGACUGUACAGUGCUCACAUAUACGCCACCCAAACUCCCGAGCAUCUUCGCCAGUCAGCAUCCUCCUGCUCAGCUGUCAAUCACCACCCGGACAGGGAGGUAGAAAACGGGCUGGGGUAUGGAAAGCUGUUUGCGCGUUUCUGCUACUAGUUUGCGUUCUUUGUCCUCACUAGUAAGUCAAUUAGAGAUAGACCGAUACCGAUUAUUAGUAGUCAAGGAGACCGAUGACCGAUAUUUGGAGCCGAUAUUCAUUUGCUGUAACAGGGAAAAUAUUGGCGUCCAAAUUUUGAAUACAAACACUUCAUUUAAGCACGUUUAUUAAACGGCUUUUCAGAUUUGCAACGUAAAAAAGGUGGUUAAACAAGAGACAUCUUUCUUUUAAAAUUCGAACACAAAGUGCCGGUUGCUCCCUGACUCCAGCAGCAUGUCUUAUAAAGUUCAAUGACAACUUCAACAAAUAAAUCUCCUUUUUUUUUUUUUUUUUUUUUUUAAUUGCAGUCAAUAGUUUUCCAAAAUUUCAUUAUACAGUAACUGAAAUGUUCAUGUUUCACUUAUCCUCAUUUUAAGUUAAAAAACAAAAAAGGGGCAGUUUAAAUUUGACCGAAAAUUGAAAUAAAGUUUACCCAGUUUUAAAUGGAUCUCUUAUCAGCCGUCAAUUAAAUAAAUGAAUAAAAAGCCGAUAUGUGCCAAAUUCGGAAUAUCGGUGCCGAUAAUCGCCCGGCCGAUGAUCGGUGUAUCUCUAACCCGGUGCACUAGUAGAAUGACCAGGGCGCACUUGUAGAAUAAUUCUUACUAAUGAUGUUUUCUUCAGUUACUAGUGAGACAAAACUGUGCAUUAGUUGACAACUACGACUAGUGACACGAUAAAAUUCUACUAGUUAACACAUAACGCUUCGCUAGUUUUACUACAAUCAUGCAGAUGUCAACUAGUGCACAGUUUUGCCUCACUCGUAACAUAGUUGCUCUACUGGUGCACAGAAAUAUCAUACAGUAGUGGGGGGAAAAAAAUGUCACUAGAAAGAGUCAUUCUAGUGUAGUGUGCUGAAUUGUCUUACUAGUGAGGACAAAGAGCGUGACUAGGACAUGGACAAUUCGGCACACGAGUAGAAUAUCAAAUAAAUGCUGAAACUGCUUACCACAUGGGGGGGGGGGGAGGCCUCGGGUGGGGGGGGGGCAGGCCUCGUUUGUGUUUUUCUUCUUGGGGAAGUAUGUCAUAUGCCAUGUUUCAAUGCCAAACCGUGCUCGCGCGGGUCACUUCAUUAGGGACACCUGCACACUCAUGAGAGCAGAGACGAACGCUGAUAAUGCUCUUUUGUUGUUGUUGUCGUCGUCGUCGUCGACAGUCAGAGAACGACCUAAAUUAGCCGAAAAAUACAUUUCCACCGGAAGUACUUUUAAAGCAAGUAGUGAUAUUUUAUCAUACAUCUUAUUUCUAUGUCGAUUUCUGUGCAGAUACUGGUUUUUAUUUUAAUUUAAUUCCCUUACAAAUAUUUAUUCAAAUUGAUUCAUAGCUUGUCACAUUUACAGUUUUUAUUACUAUAGGGUGAUUGCAUGUACACAACACACUUAUUCCAUUUUAAGUUUUUUUUAUAGUUGUAUUGAUUAAAAUAUUUUAAAAAUAUGGUACACAUGUGGUAACUUACUGUACACUUUUAAUACCCCAAUAGAUAAUUUUUCAAUUUUUAUUUCUUCAAUGUAUUAUAUAUAUUUUUUUUACAAUAUGUAUACAUUAUAAUUUCAAAAAUCUAUUUACAGUUUACAUUUUCAUUGUUUUUAUUAGAGUGGGUGUGUGCAUGAAUGCAACAAGCUUAUUGUUUUUUUAUUCAUAUUUUAGUGACUGUACAUGUUAUAGGUCACGAUAUCUAAUAAAAUAUUUUAGGUUUUGCACACAUUCUGUAGCUUAGUGCACUUUUUUUUUUUUAUAAUUCCACUAACAGAUUUUUCAAUUAUAUAUUUGUAAUUGUAUAGCCUACAUGUCACAUUAUUUUAAUAUAUUGGUCUCCCAUAUUGGUUUAUUUUUCAUUUGUCAUAUUUCUUAAUUUCUCAAAAACACUGCACAGGAUUUCCAUAAAGGUUCUUUACAAUUGAACAAUUGAAUUAAUACAAAAGCAGAUGUAUAGAAAGAAUAGACCUAGUUUUUGUUGUUGUAAAGAGACUUUGUGGACACACUGUACAGUAUUUAGCGAGCCAGAAUAUGGCAAACUGCCACAAACUGCAACAACAAUAAACAUUUCAAAUAUAAAAUUCUUGCAUUUGCUCUCAUGAAGCCCAGGUGUGCCUGAUGUUUUAUCUGGUGAGGAGAUUUACAAACUAUAUAACGCAUUGUCCGCAUGGCGUGGAUGUUUUGUAAUGUGUGUCGUCAAGAUCAAGUUUGAAACAGAAAAAAGAGCUACGAGUGUUUUUUGUGAAAUGUGUUUUUUUUGUUUUUUAAAAUAACAUGGCUGACGCGACAUCCCACAGUGUGGGUGCGUCGCCAUGCAGACGUGGCGGGCGGUGACCAUUGUUGUGUCGGGUGGGCGUGUCGCGUGACUUUGGCGCGGAGGUGGUGGUGGUGGUUGUUUUUGGGAAAGGAUCCUCAUUCCGCAACUUUCUGUCUUUGUAUUGACGCACGUUUAUUUGGCUUAAGGCGACUGUUAACGUCCCCGUUUUGCAUCUGCAGCACUGUCGUGCACAUUUAUUACGGACUUCACGCCUCCAGCGGUUGACUAUUUAAAGCAGGGGUGGGGAACCUGCGGCACAUGGGCCAUAAUCUGUGCCGUCUGUCUGUCCAGUGUACAGGUGGGACAAACUCUCGGAGUGGUCUGUCUUUGAAAGAUUCCUGGAAAUGGCCAAAUUGAACGCAAAUGAUCUGCUUCAAACCAAAAUGGCAGACUUCCAGUGUUUCUUUUCCCCACACAGUCUACCAAAUUUCACAUUGCUAAGGGAAACAAAUUUUUGGGGCCAGAUUUUCUCAAGGUCUUUACCAAGUCAAAACGUCCACCUCAAACCAAAAUGGCAGACUUCCUGUGUCUUUUCAGACUUAGCUUCUUGAGAUUUUUUUGGGUGAGUCUACUCAUGAUAGACAUGCCUACUCAAUUUCACAUUGCUCAGGUUCCCCCCCGCCCACCGCUGAUUUAAAGGCUCCGCAGUCUUCCACGGUGUUCGCGUCGUCAGCAUGGAAGGCUUUCAUCACCGUGUGUCGCAAAGUAGCAUUUCGCCAUCAUCGUGUUGCCCUCAAAGCACCUUUUCAUGACUUGUGUUCGUCCGUUUAAAUAUUAAAAUAUUAUAAACUCA